CAAAGCUAUGGAAGCAGAUAUGGUAGCUCAAAUGGUGAAGGAUUUGGUUGUGGUUGAGAAAAUAAAUGUGUCAGAAAUUGCAGGAGACGAUGACUCCACAGGUUUUGAAAAAAUAAAAAAGCAGAUGCCACAUUUAGAAAUAGAAAAAACUAGUGACAGAAAUCACAUUAAGAAAAAUGUGAAUAGUAAAUUAUAUGAAUUAAAAAAUUCUAAAAUGCACAAAGAGUUUACACAGAAGGUACUUGACUCAAUCCAGAAAAACUUUUCAUAUAUGAUUGAUCAAAAUCAAGGCUCAGAAGACGGUAUUAAAAAUGGACUUAAAGCAAUUACAGAACACAUGUUUGGGAACCAUACCUUUUGUAAUGUGAGUUGGUGUGGUGGUUUAACAAAAGGGGAUGCAUACAAACACUUAAACCUUCCAUAUGGAAAAGAUUUAACAUCAAAACAACUAAAAGCAGACUUGGAAAAAAUCUUUCAGAACAAACUUCUGACAAAAGCCAAUCAACUUUCAAAACUAUCCAGCUCACAAGCUAAUGAGAGCUUUAACAACACAGUGGCAUCCAAAGCUCCUAAAAGGUUACAUUAUUCUGGCUCUGCCAGUUUAGGAUAUAGAGUUUGCUCUGCAGUGCUACAGAAGAACGAAGGCUAUGAAUAUAUGUCUAAGGUAAAUGAAGCAGCUGGCUUGUCUCCAGGUAAUGAAACACUGAAAAGAGCAGGUAAAUUAAACAUUAGGAGAGACAGGAAAUCAAUUAAAUCAAAAUCAAAGGAGUGGAAGACCAACAGAAUUAAACUCAAACAAAAGAGAUUAGCCAAAAAUGUUUCCAAAGAACUUAGAGAAGGAAAAACAUAUGAAACUGAAUUGGCAAUAAGUCUUGAUAAUGAUGUAGAAGAAGAAAUACCAGAGCCAUUGAAUAUCAGAAUAGAAGGUGACAUGAAAUCAUCCCCUCUAGUUGUCUUUGAUCUAGAAACUACAGGUCUUAGCAGAACAUCAGAUAUUGUGCAGAUUGCUGCAUACUCAGAAGAAAAGAAAUUCGACACUUAUGUCAUGCCUAACAAACCCAUAUCUCCUGAAGCAGCUGCAAUUACAGGGAUAACUGUUGUUGGAAACCAAAUGCUUUACAACAAAGAAAGAGUGAUGCACAAAAGCCAAUUUCAAGCUCUGAAUGACUUUAUAAUUUAUUUGUCAACUUUUUCAAAAAAGCCAAUUCUUGUUGGUCAUAACAUUAAACGGUUUGACUGUCAUGUGCUUUACAAUAGUUUGAAAUCCCAUAUGUUGUGGAAUGAAUUUUGUUCCUAUGUACACUGUUUUGUUGAUUCCUUAGAUUUAUUUAAACAUGUCAAGCCUGGUCUCAAAUCUUACAGUCAAACCAAUCUUGUUCAUGAACUUUUGGGUGAAACUUAUGAGGCACACAAUGCAAUAGAUGAUACCGCCAUUCUCAACAAAUUGAUUUCAACAAAGUGUGAUUUUGAUUUAUAUGUACAAACAUUAUCAUUUUCAUGUCUUUAUCCAUAUUUUUGCUUUUUAUAUCAAUGUAAUUUGAAAACAUUUUCAACUGUUAUUAAAAAAAAAGUCAUGUCAAAAGCUAUGGCUUUAAAAGCAGCCAAGUCAAACCUAAAACUUUGUCAUUUAAGAACUGCUACAAAUAGAAAGGGGUUAGCUGGACUGAAAGCAUUGUUGUCUGAGACGACAGAACAGGGUUCUGUGAGAGUAACAAGUUCCAAUAAAAUCAUCAACAGAAUUUUUGAAUUCUUGUCUGAGAACAAGCAGGGUUAAGGGCAUGCAAUACAAUAUACCUUCAUAGCUAAAGGUGGCUGGGGAAUGGGUCUUAAUUAAAAUUAAAAAGCUCUUUUGUUAAAUUGUCUGAAAAUAAAAUAAAAGUGUGGGUCACUGGACUUUUUUCAUACUUCAGAUUGUUCAUAAUUGUCAGAUUUUGUUAAGAUAGUGCCUGGAAAAUCUGGAGAAGAUAGCUCUCAUAACAAAUAAGAAAAAUGAAAAGAAAUUGGUCACUAAACUUGUUUUCUUGAUAUUUAUGAGAAUAAGAAAAUUCACAACACUUUUUAUAAUAAACUUCUGUAUCUUCUCAAAAUUUAGUACUGGAAUUUUAAAUAAGUUUAUUUGCAAAGUUGAACAUUAAUAAAACAAAAAUAUUGUGUGUGGUUUUUUUUUUAGAAAAUACAGCCAUAAAUAUAAUACAUGUAAAACUAAUAAUUUUCUAAUUAAUGAUCUUGACCGAUUGUUACAUUCUAUUUCAAAAUCUAAGAUAGAGGAAGACACCCCAGCCACUUUAAUCUUAGACUGCAUGUACAAACAUUGAAAAAUUUGCACAAGAAUUACAAAUUGAAAGAGAUAUUUGUUUUGAAAGUGUUCCUCAGUUUUGAAUGCAUAUGGGUUUGGCCAGUUUUUUUUCCAAAAUUAGUGCUGAAUUUUGUAAUUAAAAAUAGAUUUUUUAUAUAUUAUAAAUCCUAACACAAAACUGUUAAUCUUUUUUUAGAUAAUGUAUUAUCUGCCCUUGACACACUUAUGUAUGUGCUAAAGGUUAUAUCUAGUUUUGUAUAUAGUGUAGUUUGACUUGAUUUAUACAUACUUUUCAAAUGAAAGUAAAAAAUCAAAACUCAAAAUGAAAGAGUUACAAUGUAAAUAUUCUCACGAAUUUGCUUUAUAAACAUAAAAAAAACAUUUAUGUGUAAGCCUCUGAUGAUAGAAUCAUAUUACUUAUUUUGUUUAUUGGUUCUUGUGGUAGAAGUUUAGAAAACUUAAAUUUAUUAUAUAUGUAAACCUCUGAAUUUUUAAUAGCUUCAAUAUAGUACAGUUUAGUAAUUUUUUGGUCUGUUUCUUGUCUUUUUCAUUUUUGCAAUUGUUUCUUUCAGAAGUAAAUUAAUUAGAAGCCUGUGACCAAAUCUCACCCAACCAUCCCCACGAACAUAAAAGAGAAUCCCAGAUAAAAAUGCCACCUGUAAAUGUUACUAUUUUGUAAUGCAAUAUUUUUCUUUAUAUGUUUUUAUUUUGGUGAAAUGAUGCAAAUGUUACUAUAAUUUGUAGAAAAUGAUGUUAUAGAUUGAAGGCUGGCUUUAUUUGAAUUUGAAAGGUCAUAAAACAAAAUAUUCUUGCAAAAUGUUAGGAAAAUGUUAAAGACCUGUAGUGCAGCAACUGCUUGUUUGGUGAUAGUUUGAAAAUUAAGUUAUCCUUUUACAAAAUGGAAAUAUUUGACCGAAAGUAGAUGAAUGAAAUAUAAAACUUAUGCUUUCAAAAUCCAACAUGUUUUGUAUGUAUAACUGUUUGUGAUAUAAUACUGAAACAAGUGGUUAAUCAAUAAAUACCUUGAA